AUGGGCUCCUUCUUCCCGUCGACGAGCAGCGAUCGAUCCUCAGAGUUCUCCGGGGGAUCGCCGGAGACCGGCUUCUGGUAUCCGGAUGAGUCGCUACCGUUCAACGAGAACGACCCGGAAGAGAUGAUGCUCUUCGAAAUGCUGGCGGAGGCCGACGCCGGCAUCUCCUACGGCGGCGGCGGCAGCGGCAGGGAGGAGGAGGAGGAGGAGGAGGAGGAGGAGGAGGAGACGGAGUCCGGCGCCGCCACCAAGGAUAGAUGCUACAGAGGAGUGAGAAAGCGUCCGUGGGGGAAGUUCGCGGCGGAGAUAAGGGACUCCACACGGCACGGCAUGAGGGUCUGGUUGGGCACCUUCGACAGUGCCGAGGCCGCCGCGCUGGCUUACGACCAAGCGGCCUUCGCCAUGCGCGGCGCCAUGGCCGUCCUCAACUUCCCCGUCGAGCACGUGGUGGAGUCACUGCGGGGGAUCAGGUGCUGCGGCGGCGAGGAAGGGGGCUCGCCAGCGAUAGCCCUCAAGAAGAGGCACUCCCGGCGGAGACGGUCCUCCGGCAGGAAGGGCGGCGUCGCCAAGGCGAGGAGGGUUGCUGUUGUGGAGCUCGAGGACCUUGGAGCUGACUACCUCGAGGAGCUUCUAAUGGCGUCGGAGGGCACUGUACCCUGGUGA